AUGCAAAGAGUAGCGCAGAGAGUUGAGCUUAAACCAAGCAACAUCACAUCUGUUCAUGCAUGGAACGCUUGGGUCAAGAGUAGGACUAGCAAAGCUUUUCAGGAGAAAAGCGACUGGUACAGGGGAUUGAGGAGGGCUCAGAUACCACACACCACUAGUCGCAAAGGAAUGCAUCGCCUAGCUCAUGAAAUGAAAUCUAAUACUGACGAUCCAAAAAAGAUCAAUAGGAGUAAGGUUUGGAUUGCAGGACAUACUCAUUCCGAUGGUAGGCCUGUGAGGCCUGAGUUUGCUGACACAUUUGAACAAAUACAAACUCUUGAUAGUCAAAUGGACUCUACAUCAGGUGAUAAUAUAAGAGAAGAUGCCAUGAGUAAGAUUUUAGGUAAAGACAAACCUGGACGUGUCAGAGACUUGUACAAAUUGUUCCAUGACUUAGCUGGAAAUAAGGGAAACCCUGGGGAUAUGGCUUCUCAAAACGAAGUUGGUGAUGUCAACAGAGGAGUAAAAUGUCAGAUAUUGGCUUGGUAUGCGAAUGAAGAUGUUGUUGUCACAGAGGGAGAAUUUUGUUCUGCUGAUAAAGAUUACAAGAUUGGUAAAAUUUCUAUUGGUCGUAACGCUGCUGCAGUAAUUAUCAAGACGGUUUUGGACAUAGAAGCAGCCGAUGAAGCAUCUGCACGAGAACAAGUAUCUCCACGGGAAGCAGUAAUGAGAAGAUCCUCUGAAAGUACAAGUUACAGCACGUCGACAACCAAAAGUCCAAAGCAGAAGUGCAUAUUACUAGAUUUCAAUAACUCUGGAUGCACAAUAGCUGAAGGCAAAGUGUGUUCUACCAAUCCAACAGAUCUUGUCCAUCACGUUCCAUUAGGUGAAAAUGUCAGCAAGGUCUGGGUAGAGGUUGUCAAGAUUGGUGAAGCAGCUGUGUGGAGACCAAAUUCAGAGGUUGUCUACAUAUCUGAUGCAUUAGGCACUACGGUUGCUUGGCCAAACGACAAGCUAUUGUUCCUCUAA